AUGAUGCAGAAAAAGCGAUGAUCAGCAAAUUGAAGGGUAUUUGAUAGAAAUACCAGUACUACCAGAAAAAGCGAUGAUCAGCAAAUUGAAGAUUAUUUGAUAGAAAUACCACUACUGCUUGCCUUAAUAUGCUGCUUCACCCUGAAGUGCAAGGAGUAGAAGUAUUUUCUUGAUCUUGAGAGUCCCCCCGACGUAACGAAUAUUUCGUACUCCAACGGAUGAAGUAAACAGGACUCUUGGAGAAAAGCCUCAUCAUUUGCCAGAGGAAGUUCCCUUAUCCCAGUGGUUGAGCGCGUGCCCCUGGCUUCCUUUGGGAAUCCCCUCGUCGUUGAGACGCUCGCGGCAGGGCGUGGGUCCAUCCCCUACAGGGGACGCUUACAUCAUGCCCCUGCUUUCGCCUCGAUUUGGUUGAGUACUCUGCAAAACAUUUCCUCCGCACCUGCUCCGCGCCCUCCAAGUGAACGUGAUCGCUUCCCUUUCUCUUGCUGCGUCCCUUGAAAGAAAGUAUACCCUUGAAGAAGGUCAUGCUCAUUUAUGCCUACCCCCGUAACAGAUAUUUCCCAUCCUUAUCCUGGGAGACCCCGCUUUGUCUGGUGUCAUUUGCCAGCAGUUGUUCCCUUAGCUCAGUGGUAGAGCGCCCGCACUUUCCUAAAGCACACAGAACCGCGGGAGGGCGUGGGUUCGAUCCCCACAGGGAACGCUUUUGCCUUGUCUGCUCUUCGCCUCUCAUUACACUGACUUACUCCUGGGGAGCAGUCUUGCUAUUUGCUCUGUCAUCGUCUCUCCUUAACUUCCAGGUAGACUUCCCUAGUGGACUUUGUCCAAACCUUACUCAACCUACUCCAGGCGAAUGCGGCCAUCAAUACACUGCCAAGCUUGAGGGUAUGUUGAAUGAUAUCAAGACGUCAGAGGAUUUGACGAAGAAUUUUUUAGUUGCGCAUCCGCCUACGGAACUUGGUGUCGAACUGAGAUUGAAUAUCCUCACCUCCGGUUAUUGGCCAGCCUCUUCAGCGCCACCUUCUAGCUGUGAUUAUGACCGGGGUUUUCGAUUUUGUGAUUGUGAUGGAGGUAGCUGUCGCUGUAGCUGUACUUCGUUAUUCCUUCGAACAAUUUUGAGUUGCUUAGAUGAUCUUGUAGCUGUACUUCGUUAUUCACUUGAACAACUUUGAGUUGCUCAAAUGAUUUUCUAGAUCUAUUUCCACCUCUAAGACUCAAUUCCACCCUCGUUGAAGCCGUGUCUCGACACUUUCCGAGACUUCUACAUCCAAAAGCAUCAGGGAAGGCGAUUAACGUGGAAUUUCUCUCAGGGGACUGCUGAAGUACGGGCAAGACUGUCGGGAAGUACUUGGAUUAUGUCUUAGGUGGUUGAAGAUCAAGAUUCCAUCUUCUGCAGGUUGUCAACGAAUAGAACUACAACAUCAUCCCUCUCAUUUUUGUACGUUUUAGCAGUCCUCUUCAACAUAAGUAAUUUUGACAUUUAUUAAGGAUGAGACCUCUGGGGCUGACAGGACCACGACAGCGCCGGCGCUUAGUUAGUAGUAGAUAAGUUCUUGCCUGACUUUUCUUUUUUCGGUUUUUGUUUUUUCUAGUUAGAUAUGCUCGACCAACUUUAUUAAGGAUGACGAUCUGGGGCAGAUCAUGAUCUGCCAUCUUCAUCGUGUUCCAUACAGUUUGUUUUCCACCAGAUAAGCGGCGGAUCUGCCAUCUUCAUCGUGUUCCAUACAGUUUGUUUUCCACCAGAUGAGCGGCGGAUCUGCCAUCUUCAUCGUGUUCCAUACACCUCCACCAGAUAAGCGGCACGAACUAGUGGUCUCCACGUACCAGAUGGUUCUUCUUACUUGUUUCAAUGGCAACGAAAACGCUUUGAGUUAUGCCGAUUUGCUAUCGAGAACGAAGAUUCCCAUAGAGGACUUUAAGCGGCAUCUGCAGAGUCUAUACGCCAAUCCAAAAUGCCGUUUGCUGAUAAAAACAACUGCUGGCAACCCGAAUGACCCGGCUGACAGCGGUAGUUCAGGAAGCAAGAGAGAACCGGCUGAGGGGGAUACCUUUUCCGUGAAUAGUGAGUUCGAAAGUAAACUCGUGCGGGUGAAAGUCCCCUUGAUCCGAGAUGCAGACCCGACAAGGAUCGCGCAAGAUCCGGGAGUGCAAGAAGGUACUUCUGCUCGAAGGUGAAUUUUUUUCAGCACGAUGAAAACUUCUUGAUCUUGACUUGAAAUAAAUCCACUUUCAUCUACAAUACCAACGUCCCUUUCAACAUUUAGACAACGAACAAUACCAAGAACAUUUCUUUCAGUUAGACAACAAGCCAACCAGCCGACGGCCCCUUUCAUUUAGACAACAAUACCAACACCAACAUGAUGAUCUGCUCAUUCAGGCACGGACAUGCCGGCUUCGGUUGAGGAGGACCGUAAGCAUUUGACUGAGGCCGUCAUUGUUCGGAUUAUGAAGAGUCGCCUCGUAGUGGAGCACAAUCAGCUGGUGGUGGAAGUUACGAAACAUCUCCAGAACCGGUUCACACCGACCCCUGCUCUGAUCAAGCAACGCAUAGAGCGCCUCAUCGAACGCGAGUACCUUGAACGAAGCGAAAAAGACAGGAAAGUCUAUAACUACUUGGCGUAGAAAAAAGUUGUUGAAGGGCUCCUGCUGCAUGUAGCUAUUAAAGAGUGCUCAAGGGCUCCUUGUGCAUGUAGCUUCUCUAGUAUCCUUUGUUCCACCGCAGUCAGCUUUGAUGCUGCAUCAACUAUAAGGUUGUCUCGCAAGCAGCUGUAUUCGCAUGUACACGCCCAAGUAGAUGCGCUGCCACGACCAGCAUGAUCAAUCACUAGAUCUACAACAUCUACAACCUACUUACUACUUCUAAUAGUUUGGAUUUUUUCUAAAACCUCUGAAUGAUUUUCCUCAGCACCUGAAUUCUCCUCGACUGUACAGACUAAAUUUGGGAUUUUUACAUCGUAUCUUCACGAUUUGGCGGUGUGCCAUUGGGUUAAAUUUUUGGAUUUGAUUUUGUAACACGACUACCCUUGUUGUUGUUGAUGGAUCACCUCUAUUUUCCCUUCUUGACUCCUGUCUUUGCGCGACGCAUUUUUUUUCUCAAGACGACCUCGUGUAGAUGUGCCCCGAGGAGAAGAAAAAGGGAUGGCUUUCAGCGAGCGCUCUUGGCGUUCGCGGAGACAAAGUUUAGAAGCGUGGACUAAUUCUAUGAUCCUAAUCAAUUAUAUCUACAAGAUGAAGCAGAUGUUUUCUCGUCGUGCUUCGUCUAGACUUCUCCGAUAUCACAAUAAUACUGUUUCCCAGAAAUGAAUGAUGAAGUGGAUUUUUCUUGAAGAUAGAACCAAGAGGACGGAAUUGAUAGUGGUCGCGCUUCUAUCUGCGUAGACGAGGCACAUGGUUAUGGAAAUGUGAACGCUCCUUCCGCAACGUUUUGUUGUCCACCCGACUAACAACCUUCUCGACUCGUCUAGAUUGAUGAUCCGUGUUUUCCUGCGAUAAUCCCUGAAAUCUGACAUGAC